AGGAGUUUUAGGCUAGCGAGAGCUAAAUUAAUACAAAUUGUGAUUAAAAAUAAAAAAAAACGUUUAGGAGGUAUAGUAUAGGCGUAGAGGACAUGGAUUUGAGUGAGAAAAGGAAUGAGAGUCCGGCUGGACAGGUAGGAAAUGUAGUGAAAAGCUGCAUUGAAGAGAGGACCAACAAGGAUUGGAUCAGGGAUUCAGGAGAAACUAAAACAGAUGCAGAAUUUUCCAAAAAAAGCUGCAUUAAUACACAGACAAGUCAAGAUAGGAGAAGAAGUGGUGAGAAACAGACAGAACACAAAGAGAAAACCAUUAAAAGGAGAAGAAAUGAAGACAAACAUAUUCAAAAAGAAAGCCAGGCAGAGAAGACCAGUAAAGAUGGGAGUAUUGAAAGGAGAAAAUUGGAAGAAGGACAGAAAGUAAAGGAAAACCAGGCAGAGAAGACCAGCGAAGAUGAGAGGAUUAAAAGUAGAGGAUUCGAAGAAGGACAGAUAGAAAAGGAAAGCCAAGCUGAGAAGAAGAGCAGUAAGGAUGCAAGGAUUAAAAGGAGAAGAGUUGAAGAAACACCGUUACAAAUGGAAAACCUUGCAUACAAGAAGACCAGUGAGCAUGAGAGCUAUAAAAUUAUACUGCUUGAGAAACAGAAGAAAAAAAUCACAGAAGAAAACACUAAAGGAACAAAUAUAGAGCAAAAGGAAGAGAGGAAUAAAAGAUCAAGAGCAGAAGACCCCUUAGAAAGUGGAAGCAUACAGAAGAGACCCUGUCUGGACAUUGAAAGACCUGCUCCCCUGGAUAUUAACAGCUACAACUUCCACACUAUACUUGGACGAGGAGGCUUUGGCUGGGUGAUGUUGGCUUCUUUUAGGCCAAAUAAACAACUCGUGGCAAUGAAGAUCUUGAAGAAGAAGUCUGAGAAGAACGACUGCCAUGCCAUCGCUAAAGAGGCCCGCCUACUGAAGAUCAGCAGAGAAUGUGCAUUUUUAUGCCAUUCUUAUGCAGUUUUUCAGUCAGAGCUGGAAUCCUUCUUUGUCAUGGAAUAUGCCAGUGGGAAUUCUUUAUGGGAAAUGAUUCUGCGUGAACGAAAGCUACCAACAUCAAGAAUCAUGUUCUACACAGCAGAGAUGGUGGUUGCCCUCCAGUUCCUGCAUUCCAAGGGAAUCAUUCAUCGUGAUCUCAAGCCGGAAAACAUACUGAUUGAUAAAGAUGGCCAUAUAAAGAUCUGCGACUUCGGCAUUGCGGAAGAGAACAUCAUUGGCCAGAGGACGGCCCACGGCUUAGCAGGAACCCCUGGAUACCGGGCACCAGAGAUUCUAUUAAAUGAGGACUACAAUGCAGCUGUGGAUUGGUGGUCUUUUGGGGUUACAAUGUACAAAAUGGCCACAGGAGUCAUGCCGUUUUCAGCAUCAGGCAGCAUUCAAAAACAGCUUUAUACAAUUAUUAUGAAACCACCAAAUUACCCAUGUGAUAUGAACGAGGAAAUGCUGGACCUCCUGCCUAAGCUUUUGGAGAUUGAUGAGACUGAACGGAUUGGACUGAAUGGUAACAUCAGGGAGCAUGCUUUCUACAGCAACAUCAACUGGGAAGAUCUGGAGAACCGAAGACUGGAGACCCCUUUUCAGCCAGGAAUGCCACCUCUAGACGACGUCGAGGAAUAUCCAAUGACUUUCUCCCCUCAAAGUUCCAAUGAAAGAAACAAUCUGAAAGAUUUCUCCGAAGUGGAUCCCAACUGGAAUUGGCAGGAGUAAGGCAUUACCCCUGUUCUAACAUGGGACACCAUCUUUAGUUGCUGCCUGUAACAACCUGAGGCCCUUAACAUUGUAACAUCUAUGGCAAGCUCCACCCCUAAACAACCAAUCCACCUGUAUUGCCAAACCUAAACCAUCUCCUGUAAAUAUCACCUGGUUUUACCAUCAACACCAGCACCAGACGGGAUCUUUGACUGUAGCUUCUAAAGGAAGGAAAAUAGAAAGGUACAGGGGUGAGUUUACAUCUUGAAUGAAGAUUAAUAAAUUAAACCAGUUAAACCCCACCCCCAAACUUCUGCCUCCCUCCUAUUCCCU